AUGAACGAUGGUAGGAUAAGGUCUUGUCCUCGGGGGUGUCAGCGCGGGGGAGGGGGUGCGAGGGGUAAGAGGGCUACUAGGUUGAGAGUGGGGUCUUGGAACAUAGGAACUUUGACUGAAAAAUCUGUAGAGUUAGCGAAGAUUCUCGAAAAAAGAAAGAUUAAUAUAGCUUAUGUAAAAGAGACUAGGUGGGUAGGAGAUAAGGCGCGGGAUGUGAGUAGUUUCAAACUUUGGUAUUCUGGGAGGGUGGGAGGCAGGAAUGAGGUAGGUAUCUUGGUUGAUAAGAACCUCCGUGAACUAGUGGUGGAGGUUAAAAGGGUGAAUGGCAGGUUGAUGGCUAUUAAGCUAGUUGUUGGAGGCUUGAAUGAGGAAGUCAAGGGGCAUUUCUGGGAGAAUUUGGAUGAGAUGAUAUGUGGUAUCCCGCAUAGCGAGAAGCUUUUCAUAGGAGGAGAUUUCAACGGCCACAUUGGAGCGACGUCUGGGGGACAUGGUGAUGUGCAUGGUGGCUUUGGUUUUGGAGAUAGAAACGGAGGAGGAACGUCUUUGCUGGACUUUGCUAGAGCAUUUGAUUUGGUGAUAGCAAACUCGAGUUUUCCGAAGAAGAGGGAGCACUUGGUCACCUUCCGGAGUUUGGUGGGCGAGACUCAGAUUGAUUAUUUACUCUGCAGGAAGUUCGAUAGAGGUCUUUACAUGGAUUACAAGGUCAUCCCGAAAGCUAAAGUGCAAGAGUUGGGGGUCAAGCUGGUGACUAUGGGGGCUUGGAGGACUAGUGGGGACGUAAGCGUUAUGUGGAUCACGACUGCUCAGUGCAUUAGAAAAGCCGCGAGAGAGGUAUUAGGAGUCUCAAAAGGUUACUCUGGUAGUCACAAAGGAGACUGGUGGUGGAAUGAAGAGGUGCAAGAAAAAGUAAAAACCAAGAAAGCAGCAUAUCUGAAGCUAGUAGAAAGUGUAGACGAUGAGGAGAAGAGGGCGAAUAGGGAGCAUUAUAAGUUGGCUAAGAAAGAGGCAAAGCUAGUAGUUACGGCGGCCAAGACU